UGCAAUCAUGGCGCACGGGGCACUGUGUUUUUAGAAUGCUGAGAAGUUUUUACGUAAACACUUCAUUAUUUUGCACACAAACCGAUUUUUGUGUUUAUAUAAAUUAUCCGUGAUUCUUGAAGAUUAUAGUAAAGCAUACAUGUGUGUUCCAAACUUGGAGUUUCCACCUGUUCGCGUUCACGUCUCUGUGCCAUUGGACACUUGCAGAUAACUUGUUGGUGUAAUAAUGUCAGAGGCGUACGCCCGCGAGAUACUUCGAAGGAAUGUUGCGCAAAUAUGUCAAACUAUAGGAUGGAACGGAAUAAACUCGACUCCACUGGACAUACUGGUUCAUGUGUUAGAGAAAUACAUUCAGUCACUUGGCACUCAAGCUAGCAGAUAUGCAGAACAAUUUAAUAGGACUGAACCAAAUUUACAUGACUUAGGAUUAGUAUUUCGCGAUUUACAUGUGCAAUUACCUGAGUUGGCAGAGUAUACUCGGUCUGUGCCACCUGUAGCAGCACCAACCAAUGGUGAAAGGUUUCCAAAACCUAAAGAAUCCAAUUUGAAUUUUCUUAAACCCGGUAGUCAUGAGGUUGUCACAAGACCUGUGCAUGUUCAUGAACACCUCCCUCCAAUGUACCCAGAAAAGGAACGGGACACACCGGCUGUUGCAGGUACUAUUGAGAUUCAUCAGAAUGGCAUUGAUAAUAGUGAAAUGAAUACAAAGUGUCCAAGUCCAGAGAUAUCUGUUACUGACAGUCCCGAAAAACCAAAAGACAUUUUUAAGAGGCCAAUUGAUCCUGUGUCAUUGCCAAACAGCAAAAGGCCAAGGUUCCGAUUGGAAGAAGAAGAGAGGACUAGAGAAAUUAGCAGUGUAAUGAUGACCAUGUCUGGUUUUCUCUCACCAGCGAGGGAAGGAAAACUACCCGAAGCGCGGCCUCCUACAAUUGUGUCAGAGAAACAUUAUGAAAAACAUAAACCAAAUUCUCAUCAUUCUAAUACCAUGAAAGCACCAGUAGUAGAUAAAAGUGAUAAAAAAUCUAAGAAGAAUAAGUUAUUGAAUGGUAAAAUUAUGAAAAGUAAAAGAAAAGAUAAAAGUCAUAAAAGUGAAAGUAGUAAAUCAAAAGAUAGUAAAUUGAAUAAAUAUCCACCUGGACGUCUUAUGAAAAGCAAAGAACUUCAUCCAACCCAUCAUAAUCAUGUUACAAUGCCGGCGCCGCGCCCUACUCUACCACCCCUCAUUAAUGUCAUGCCACCCCCAACAGCACCAAUAGUCCCUGAAAUUGUCAGACCGGUCAUAAAGCAAGAACCUAUAGAUCCACCACCGGUAAUAUCGAAGAACUUUCUCCCUGGGGAAGAAGCAAUUCCUGUACCAAGAAAAAUUCCAAUAUCAAAAUCACCUCUUGUAUCUAAUUCUAUACCUGUAAAUAAACAUACAAAUUCCUUUAUACCUGAUAUAGAAAUCAAGAAAGAAGUAAUUGAGGAAGAGGAGAAAUUAGCUUCUCAACCUGAUAGAUCAAAGAUUAAUAUAUUUAAAAGAAUAACGAACAAAUCUAAAGAAGAUAAGAGUACUCCAGAGGUUGUUCCAGAUAAGUCACAUUCUGAUUCCAUGAUCUCAAUGUUACAUAAUUCUGUGCAUCACAAUGCAAUUAAUAAUAGAACACAUGAAAAUGUUAGAAUGAAACCUGAAGAGCCAGUUGUUAAUAAUAAUGAUAACAGUGCUGUAAAUUUGUCUAUAGUAGACAUAAGAAGUAAUGAAGUUAUAAGUAUUGAUGAUGAUUCUAUGGACUUUAUUGCACCAGUAACACAAACUAGACCUCCUCAAAAUGAACCUCGUCCAAGUUUAUCCAUUAACAAAUCCUUACAAGUACCAUUUCCCAAAGAUCUAGCUAGCACAAGUCCAAAAACGAAAAAAGAAAAGAAACACAAAGAUAAAAAAGACAAAGUGGCAAAAUUGGAAGCUAAAUUGUUAAAAAAGCAACAACAAAAGUUGUUUGAACAACAAGUUUUGAAAAUGAGUCAUCCAAAACCAUCAAAGUCAAGAGCAAAAGGUGAUUCAAAAAUGCCACUGCCCCCUGGGUUUCCCUUUUUCCCUAACAUACCAGGUAGAGGUUUAAUGCCAGGGCCAGGUUUAAUACCAAACCCUGGUUUAAUACCUGGGAAUGAUUUCCUUGCUGGUUUAGCUAAUAAUCCAGCAUUAAGAGGUCUUGGUCCAUCAAAUCUCCUCUCGAACCCUUUUGCCGGCUUAGGAGUAGGUGGGCCUGGUAUAAUUCCAGGUCCAGGUUUCUUGGCUUCCAGUCUAAAUCCUGGUUUACAUAAUCCACUUAUGUCAAUGGACAACUUUGCACACACAUCAAGGUCUGCAUCAAUGAAAAUACCUUCGAUGUUACGGCGCCCUAGCUUAGAGGUGAUACCCGUCGAUAAUGACGAAGAUCGAGGCUUACAUAAAUCUCCUCUAAUGUCGCGCGAAAAAGAUAGACAUGAUAAGCACAAAUCUCCAACCAUUCCAAAUAUAUUACAAAAACACAAGUCUAAAUCCCAUAAAGAUCAUAAAUCGAGUUUAUUUAAAAUGCCACCUGUACAGCCAGAUAUUACAAUAGAACUGAAUCCUCCAAAAGCAGAACCAGUGAGACCUGAGCCAAGAGAGCCUCCAGUACGCAGUCGCUCGCCUGUAUCUGAACCUGUAGUGCCUUCUGUGGCCGCAGCUCCCAUCGCACCUCCUCAACCUGAACCGAAACUGGAACCCAUCAAGGAGUCCAUCCCCGAGGUAUCCCAAGAUAGAGAGCUAGAUAAUAUAGAAAAGAAAAAAGAAAAGUCACAUAAGAAAGAGAAAAAAGAUAAAGAUGGUAUAAAGAUAAAGAAAAAGAAGGAUAAAAAGGAUAAGAAUAAAGACAAAUCAGAAAAGAAGAGAGAAAAAGAGGAGAAACAGGAAAUAAAAGAUAAAAUAAAAAAAGAGAAGAAAGAGAAAAAGAAGGAGAAGGUAGCGGACGGGUUAAUACCGAAACUCACGCUGAAGCUGAGCUCCUCGCGGUCUAACUCUAAUUCGCCGAUGCCGCCGAGCUCGCCCGACCUGUUCAAGUUGAACAUCAAGCCGGUCGUCAAGAAGGAGGAGGACGAGGCGGCCUCCGGGGACGCCGCGGCGUCCCGGGAGCACAGCCGCUCGCCGGAACUGGCGCAGAUCUCCGCGCUGGUCACCAGGCCGCCCAAGACCAAGCACUCCAAGCACAACCACAGCGCGGAGGACGCGCCCGCCUCCCCGCCGCCCGGCGCCAGCUCCCCGGCGCGGAAGAACCACCCGCCCUCGGGGCACUCCAACAAGUACAAGCGCAUCCUGCUGAAGCCGCUCAAGAAGGGCGCCGCGGAGCAGCUGGACGACGAGCUGAGCUCGCCGUCGGACGAGGCGGGCGCGCUGCCCACGCCCUACUACGUGGACGAGCACGGGACCAAGAUCUGGGUGUGCCCCGCCUGCGGCCGCCCCGACAACGGCUCGCCCAUGAUCGGCUGCGACGGCUGCGACGGCUGGUACCACUGGCUGUGCGUCGGCAUCUCCGAGGAGCCCGGCGCCUCCGAGGACUGGUUCUGCGAGUCGUGCCUCGCCAAGCGCGCCGCGCUGCUGCUGCAGGGCGUGCCCUCCGCCAGGAAGCGCGGCCGCAAGCCCAAGGCCGACAAGCUCAGAGACUGUCAUUGAUACGGGCUUUCGUCGCCGCCGAGAUUAGUCCUAAUUUCCGUUCGCCGACGAACGUGUAUGAGAAUUGUUAAUGGAUUAUUGUUGAUUGAUAUCAUGAGAAUGUUUCAUCUAUAAUGUUAUAUCAUAGGCUAGACUUAAGUAUAGAUUGAUAAUUAAAUAUUGACAUAAAAUGUUGAACAUAAAAAUAGUGUAGUUAUACUUGUAAUAAUUACCAUAAUUUUAGAUAUUUUUUGUUAUGAUUUGUCUUAAUUGUCGUUCGCUCGUUUAGAGGAAGCGCGGGCGUGUUAUACACUACUCGCGUAAAUAGAUUAAUAUUAUAAGAUUCUUUUUAUAUUGUACAAACUGAAUUUACUUAAGAUAUUUGGUGAUGUAAAAAGUUAAUUGUAGUGAAUAUUUAAAUAAACAGAAAGAAGGGCCGGAUGUAUUUUCGGCCGAUAUUUGAAUAUUUUCAUAUUAUAAUUUUAAUAUAACCCUGUUUUUUCUUUUUUGUUGAGGUUUUACCUUCGAUUUUAUGUACAGGGUUGCACCCCGCACACUGCAUGUUUGUAAUUAUGACUCGAACUAUCACAAUAACAACAGUUAGGCCAAUGACGAUUAAAAUUGUUAAUGGGAUAUGUGCACCCUAGGACAUCGUUACGUGGUUGAAGGCAAUGUAUUUUUUAUUAUUUCAGCCAGUGGCCAAUUAAAUAUAUUGG